UAUAUUCUCGAAAAGUUCAAGGCACAAUUGGACAGCCACCCUGACAUCAGGUCCAGAAUGAUCUCCGAAACGAUACCCCUACGAUGAUAACUGCAAGUUUCCCAAACCAUGCAGUGCUACACCGAACUCACCCCCGCAACCGCCGUUACCCACUCCGUCUCCCUCCCAUUCCUCUCCCCGAAAACCGUCAACCUCGCCGUCGUCCGCACGAACAUCCUCCAGAUCUAUGAGCUCAAGACCAUAGUCACCGAGGUCGAGCGCCCCGAUCGCGAUGAUGAGGAGCCCGCACCCCAAGAUGCCAUGGAUGACGGCUUCGGCGGCCCCGAGAUCGCCUUGGAGCGGACGGAGAACACCACCAAAUUGUCGCUUCGCGGAGAGUACGUGCUCGCGGGCACCGUGACCGCGAUUUCCCGUGUCAAGCUCACGGCGACGAAAUCCGGUGGCGAGGCGCUGUUGAUCGCAUUCCGGGACGCGAAGCUGAGUCUGGUGGAAUGGGAUCCGGAGAUCCAUUCGAUAUCGACCAUCUCCAUUCACUUCUACGAAGGCGAGGGGGUCUACUCUAACCCUAGUUUGCCAGAGAUCGGCCUGUGCAGUGCGGUUUUGGCCGUGGAUCCCAGUAGUCGAUGCGCAGCGCUGAAGUUUGGGGUGCGGAAUUUGGCGAUCCUUCCGUUUCGGCAGGCGGGAGAUGAUCUGGUGGAUGAGGACUAUGAUCCGGAUAUGGACGAGCCGAUGGGGUCGCCUUCGAAAGCGAUGACCAACGGUGUUACGACUGAGGAGAACCCGACCCCAUAUAUGGCUUCGUUUGUCCUGCCGUUGACGGCAAUUGACGCGUCACUAUUAAACCCCGUUCACCUGGUGUUCUUGCACGAGUAUCGGGAGCCGACGUUUGGUAUCAUAUACAGCACCAAGACGCCAUCUGCAGCCCUCAUUGCGGAGCGACCCGACACCAUAAACUUUGCUGUUUUUACACUCGACCUUGAGCAGCGCGCGUCGACUGCGCUACUUUCAAUUAGCGGUCUACCCUAUGAUCUGUUCCAAGCAAUUGCGUUGCCUUUGCCGAUUGGUGGCGCACUGCUGGUAGGAGGGAAUGAGUUACUCCAUGUUGACCAGUCUGGAAGGACUGUUGCUGUCGCCGUCAACCCCUUUGCGAAACAAUGCUCGUCCUUCCCCAUGGCGGAUCAAUCAGAGCUUGGCCUUCGACUAGAAGGCAGUGUCGUCGAGCAGCUUGGAGGCGAAGAGACCGACUUGCUUAUUGUGCUGAAUACGGGCGAACUAGCCAUUGUGUCCUUCAAAAUGGAUGGACGAACGGUAUCUGGUCUCCAUGUCCAGCAGAUUACCCAAGAACAGCUCAGCAAACCACUUCCGGGCGCCAUGACUUGCUCAUCACUACUCAGUCGCGGACGGAUAUUCCUUGGAAGCGAACAGUGCGAUGCUCAUCUGAUCUCCUGGUCCAAGAAGAAAACCACACCACUCGGCAGGAAGCGGUCCCAUGCAGAGUUCCUAGCGGACGCAGACGAUAUGUCCGAUAUCGAAGAAGAGGAUGACGACGAAGACGACGACCUGUACGCCGCAGAAAGCAAGCCCCAAGAGCGAAGAUCAUCCGGAGAGCUUGGCACGGGAUCGAUCGCGGACUUAAAAUUCAGGAUCCAUGACACCCUGCCAAGCAUAGCUCCUAUCCACGACUUCGCCAUAGGCAGUAGUUCCGGCCCCACUAUUCAUGGGGGUGCAGGCCAGGAGGCAAAUGAGCCGCUGGAUCUUGUUGCGGCAUAUGGAGGGGGGGAAUCCAGUGGUCUCGCAAUCCUCAAUCGAUCGAUACACCCUGUUGUCCAACGGGAAAGCCGCGUGGCAGACGCGAAAGGUCUCUGGGCAAUACACGCCAGAAAACCGGCGCAGAAAGGAUUUGCAGCGAUCAGUGCGCAGGAUAAGGAAACGAACCUGUCGGUAGACGCAGACUACGAUCGCUACAUGUUCGUUUCCAAAUCGACGGACGAUGGCACAGAGGAGACACUGGUGUACACCGUCACGCCCAACGGCCUGGAAGAGACGACGCAAGGAGACUUUGAAGUCGACGCGGGAGCGGCGAUCGAGGUUGGGUUACUCGCGAAUAACACGCGGAUCGUACAGGUCCUUAACACGGAAAUACGCAGCUACGAUUCAGAGCUGGCGCUACAGCAGAUCAUGCCAAUGGAAGACGAAGAGACCUCGGCCGAGCUGAACGUCUUGAGUUGCAGCUUCUGCGAUCCCUACGUCCUUGUUAUCCGAGACGAUGGAAGCUGCAUGGUGCUUGAAGCGGAUCAGAACGGCGACAUUGAUGAGAAAGAGCGAGGAGAUACGUUCAAGGCGACGAAGUGGGUUUCGGGCUGCUUAUAUCGAUCAAGUUUCUCGCAGGAGAAGCACACGGCGUUCCUGGUCGGCCAAGACGGUGCGCUGUGUAUCUUCGACGUUAACAACCUAGCAACCCCCCUGUGGAGCGUGGAGAACAUUGUGUCCCUUCCAUCGAUUCUUUCCUCGGAUCAAGCGGUUCGCCGGUCCAUCGCAAAAGACAACUUGACACAAGUCCUCAUGGCAGAUAUUGGCGACGAUAUCUCCAAAUCCCCACAUCUCUUCCUGCUAAACGAGCUGGACGAUAUCAUAACCUACCGGCCAUACCACACCUCUACCCCCGACACCACCCAACCCUUCACCAACUCCCUCCGCUGGCAGAAAGUCUCCCACGAAUUCUCCCGCACUGAAGAAGACUCCUCGCGACCCGAAGGUGAACAUAGCCUAAACACCCUGCGCCUCCUAAAAAACGUCGCCGGCUACUCCAUCGUGUCACGCUCCGGCCAGGUCCCUCUCGCCACCUUCAAAGAAACCUCGUCCGUCCCCAAAUUCCUCCCCCUCGCCGUCCCCGCCGCCAUCAGCCUCACCGAAUUCCACACCGCCGACUGCGACCGUGGCUUCGCCUACCUCGACCGCGCCGGCGUCAUCCGCUUCUGCCAACUGCCGGCGCACACGCGGUUCGGCGACAUCGGCUGGGCGUGUCGGCGCGUGCCGCUGGGGAUGGACGCGCGGCAGGUUUGCUAUGACCCCGUGCACCAUAACUACGUAGUGGGAUGCAGCGAGAAGCGGGGGUUCAAGUUGCCCGAUGACGAGAUGCACCAUGAGUGGAGCAAGGAAGGGACGGCAUUCCUGCCGCAGGUGGAGCAGGGUUACGUGAAGCUGGUGCAUCCGGAGACGUGGGUCGUGAUCGACGACCACGAGCUGGAGACGAACGAAGUGGUGAUAUGCAUGGAAUCGAUGAAUCUGGAGGUGAACGAGAACACGCACGAGCGGCGGCAGAUGGUGGGGGUAGGAACGGCGAUGAUCCGCGGCGAGGAUCUUGCGAUGAAGGGCGCGGUGUAUAUCUUCGAGGUGAUCGACGUGGUGCCGGAGCCCGGGCGGCCGGAGACGGGGCAGAAGUUGCGGCUCGUGGUGCGGGAGGAGGUGAAGGGGGCGGUGACGGCGGUGUCGGAGAUCGGGGCGGAGGGGUAUGUGCUGGUGGCACAGGGACAGAAGAUGAUGGUGAGGGGGUUGAAGGAGGAUAAUUCGUUGUUGCCGGUGGCGUUCUUGGAUAUCAACUGCUAUGCGACGGUGGCGAAGACGCUGCGAGGGAGCGGGCUGGUGAUGGCUGGAGACCUCAUCAAAGGGUUAUGGCUCGUUGGAUAUACGGAACAACCAUACCGAAUGAUCUUGUUCGGCAAGACGAAAACCAAACUCGAAGUCACCAACGCCGAAUUCCUCCCCGUUGACAAACAGCUCUACCUCAUCCUCACCGACCCCGACUGCAAUCUCCACGUCCUCCAAUUCGAUCCUGAAGACCCCAAAUCCCUCUCCGGCCAACGCCUCCUCCCCCGCAGCACCUUCCACACCGGCCACUUCUCCACCAAACUCUCUCUCCUCCCGUACCCCCACAAACCUUUCCCCUCCCCCAUCCCCAACGGCAACCACACCCCUCCCCCUUCCCCCCCCCCUCCCGCCCACCAAAUUCUCCAAUCUACCCACUCCGGCUCCCUCGCCCUGCUCACCUCCCUCUCCGAAGACGCCUACCGCCGCCUCAGCGCCGUGCAGACGUACCUCGGCAACGUGGUGGACGCGGCGUGCGGGCUGAACGCGCGGGCGUACCGGGCGGUGGAAAGCGAGGGGUUUGGGAGUCGGGGGGUGUUGGAUGGGUCUUUGUUGGGGCGGUGGGGGGAGUUGAGUGGGCAGCGGAGGGGGGAGGGAUGUGGGAAGGUGGGGGCGGAGGCGUGGGUGGUGAGGGGGGAUUUGGAGAGUAUUGGGGGGGUGGGGUUGGGGUUUCUUUAG